GUCGUUUGCUCCGUCUGGCUUUCUUAUACAGGAUUCGAGGACGGGGAGGCUGAUCGGAAGGGGGAGUAAGCGAGGCCGACUUUUUCAUCUGGACGAGUUACAUGGGAAUUUUCCGUCUUCUAUAGUUCGUGAGUCUAUUCAUAGGUCUGUCAGUAGUCCCUUGUUGUCGAAUUCUUGUUUAGCUGUUUCGAGUCAUUCAAAUAAGCAGUGGGAUCUUUGGCAUGCCCGUUUGGGGCACCCUCAUUCUGCUCGUCUUUCUGCAAUGUUUAAAAGGUCUUUGCUCGGUCAAACUAGUGUCAGUAUUCCCGAAUUUCACUCCUGUACAAGCUGUGUUGAAGCUAAAACUGCUAGUAUUUCAUAUCCUUUGAGUAUACUGGUAUUCAUGAACCUUUCCAUAUCAUCCACACCGAUCUUUGGGGACAUGCACCCGUAGUUUCUCGACAAGGCUUUCGUUAUUUCGCACUUUUUGUUGAUCACGCUACUCGUUACACCUGGAUUUAUCUUCUUCGCUUAAAAUCUGACCUCUGUUCUGUGGCGAUUGAAUUUCUGAACAUGAUUCAAACUCAAUUUGGAAAAUCUAUUAAAAUCAUUCGGUCCGAUCCUGGCGGAGAGUUUAGCUCUUUUCCUUUGCGUGAGGUCUAUCGUUCACGUGGAAUUUUGAGUCAAAAAUCCUGUCCUGGAGUUUCACAACAAAAUGGUCUUGUAGAGCGUAAAAAUCGUCAUGUCGUCGAGCUUACUCGUGUCUUAUUGUUAGCCUCAGCGGUUCCUGGGCGUUUCUGGCCAGAAGUCGUGGUCACUGCAGUCCGGUUGAUAAACUACCAGCUCACUCCGGUUCUUGGUAAUGAGAGUCCUUUUUUUAAACUUUAUUCUCGUACUCCGGGCUACUCUCGUCUUCAUGUCUUUGGUUGUCUGUGUUUUGUCUUACUUCCUCGUCGUGAGCGUACAAAACUAACUUCCAAAACGGCCAAAUGUGCAUUCAUGGGAUACAUUGAUGUUCAUAAAGGCUAUUUUUGCUAUGAUCCCAAUACUCAGCGUGUUCGUGUCUCAAGCACUGUCGUGUUCUUUGAGCAUCUUCGUUUCUUUGAGCCCGAGUCCUCCCCUACCUCUGUCUUCCCGUUGUAUGGAUCCUUGCCCAUGUUCUCCGAUGAUGAGUCCGCUGAUGACUUGGAUGCUUACAUACCCCCUGAUGUUUUCGGCUCCCUUGGUCCUUCCAAUUCUUCAACAGGUACUGAUACUUCUUCCACUUCGGCCAAUUCUAGUGGUGCCCAUUCUAGUGGUGCCAACUCUACACCCUCUACUGUUGCUGGCCCAAGCUCACCCAUUCAGUCCCCUCCUCUUCGCCGCUCCCUUCGUGCGAACAAGGGGGUUCCACCAGCACACUUUGACAAUUUUGUUGCACAUGGAGUGCAUGGAUUUAUAGUCCCUACUCGUUAUCGUGAUGCCCAAGGCGAUCCAGUAUGGGAGGCAGCCAUGGGAAAUGAAUUUGAUGCUCUCCAUGCGAAUGACACUUGGGAUGUGGUUGAUCGUCCAGCUCCUGAUACCCAACUAUAGGCCCACUACACUACACGUUACUGCAUAUACACAGGUUGCGGAUUACAUAUAUUCAACAAAAAGCAUAACAAAUGUUAAACCAGUUUUGUGGAUAUUAGAGUUAAAACGUGACAUACAUGUUCUAAUGGAAUUGGAAAAAAAAAUCAAUGAAUACAAAGUUAUGUU